AUGUCCCCGCAACAGCAGCGGCCUCAUGCAAACUGGCAAGAAGCCAGAGCUGGGUUUCCAGUACAGGGGAAAGCGCCUCGCCGUUCAGAUCAGAUUGGGUCCGAUAAAAGCCUGAUGCUCAGGGUUGGCUCAUUCUCAUGGAGCAUACCUCCGGAGCCGAGCAGACGGCUCCCACCUGGGUCCCUCAUAAGCAACGGCAAUGGUGGAUGGGUCACGGCAAUGGAUGGGCAAGGCAAUGGAUGGGCCAUGUCUGGUAGUUCUACAAUGAGGUCAGAGCAUCUGACCUGCAUCAUUGCAGUCAACGACAGCUCGAAUCAGGGCCGAUGUUGGGAGGCGCCAGCUCGAAUACCGGUGCCCAUUGCGGAUGCGGAUGCGGAUGAUUGUUGUUAUCUCUCCCCUUGCCAGCUCGUACAGUAUGGUUGUCGUCACAAUGUGCAGAGUAGGGAGGUACGAAGGUACAGUAUGGUACGGGAGUCGUUCGUCUCGGAGCUGCGGGCUGCAGGGGGAGCUCCCAGCCCCUCUCUCAGAUAG